GUUUGUCUUUCGUUGGAAUAAUGCCACCCCCUUUCCUCCAUCCACAACCUCGCGCAAGCGCCCCGAUAAAGACUUAAAGAUUCUGAAGAGGUGACUAUUUACCACUAACUUAACUGACAACAUGAACUUUCACCUAGCUACGUGAGAAAUUGAAAAGAACAAUCUCCACAUUUUAGUUUCAGCAAUGGCAAGAAGUAGUGGUGAAACUCAGUUACAGAGGAUUAUCCGGGAUAUGCAGGAUGCUGUGACAGAAUUGAACAAAGAAUUUUUAGAAGCAGGAGAACCAAUCACAGAUGACUCUCUCAUUUUGCAUAAGUUUUCUUAUAAGCUUGAGUACCUCUUGCAGUUUAACCAGAAGGAAAAAUCCACUUUACUAGGAAAUCCGAAGGACUACUGGGAUUAUUUUUGUGACUGUCUGGGUAAGGUUAAAGGUGCAAAUGAUGGGAUUCGCUUCGUCAAGUCUAUUUCAGAAUUCCGCACUUCUCUUGGUAAAGGCAGGGCAUUUAUCCGCUAUUCCUUAGUGCACCAAAGGCUUGCAGACACUUUACAACAGUGUUUUAUGAAUACCAAAGUAACAAGUGACUGGUACUAUGCAAGAAGUCCCUUCCUCAAUCCAAAACUGAGUUCUGAUAUUAUUGGUCACCUCUAUGAAUUAACAGAAAUUCAAUUUGAUUUGGCAUCAAGAGGCUAUGAUUUAGAUGCUGGUUGGCCCACAUUUGCCAGGAAAAUGUUGUGCUUGCUUGGCUCCUCAGCUUACCUAUGGAAGCCUCCAAGCCGCAGUUCAAGCAUGAGCAGUUUGGUGAGCAGUUCGGUGCAGGCUCCAGACAACCUUUCUAGCCCAAAUGAGAAUAGCUUUUUAAAUACUGAAUCUCUUGAAAGUCUAGAUGAUUUGCACAUGGAUCUUGACCAGGCAGAACUGCAGCAGAAGGAACUACAGAAUCGAAUCCAGCAUCUGGAAAAAGAAAAGCAAGAGUUUCAGGCCACUAUUGGCCUUCAGAAGCAGCAACUGCAAAUGGAAAGAGAGAAGAACAGUGAUAUGUCAGAAGAGAAUGACAGGCUAAGAAAAAUGCUAGGGGAGUUAGAAAAACAGAUUUCCCAUUAUACUCAGGGCACCAUUCAGGAGUUCCAGAAAUGUUUAGAGACACUAGAACUGAAUGCAACUGAGAAGCAGAAAGAAUGCUCUGCAAAACUUGACGACCUGGAGUCCUUGAAAAAUGCUCCUGAUCCCAAAAUCCUUCUUUUGAAUCAAGAGCUAAAGACCAUGGAAAUCUGGUUGGCCAGGAAAGAUCUCUUGAUUGAUGAUCUUACUGCUAAACUAAAGUCAGCAGAGAAAAAAACUGAGGAGCUUGCAACAAAAGCAAAUAGUCUUAUGGAUGAAAAAAGUCACCAGGCCAUCAGCCAAUAUGAGUCAAUACUAAAGAUUGAGGAGUUAUUAAAAAAGCUUUGUUGGGCAGAAGAGGAAAAGGCUGAUGCUCAGAAACUGCAUAGUGAACUUCUUUCUCAUUUUAAAAUUAUGGAAGAGGAACUCCAUGUGAAAGAAGAGAAACAGAAAGAAUUUGAAUUGAAACUGAAAUGCCUUACCAUUAGCACUAAGGAAGAAUCUGAAAAAUUGCUUGUUAAUCUGGAAGCCAUGACUACUGAAAGGGCUGAAUUUAAGAAUGAGCUAGCAGUGAAAGACAAAACGAUAGCUGAUUUUCAAAUCCAGCUGGCAGAUAUACUGGAUUAUGUAAAAUCAUUAGAGCAAAAGCUUCAGGAAGAAAAAAAAGAAAAGGCAGAAUCUGAGAGGCUACUAAGUCAUACAAAAACAACAAUGGGACAAGAAAUAAAAAACUUAAUGGAGCAUCUUGAAUUGCUGGAAGUGCAAUUGGCAAAACUCAGUGACAUGGUGAAAAGUUUAGAAGAGCAAAAACAGGAAGUUGCUGUGGAAAGAGACCAACUCAAGACAAAAGUAUUGGAAAUGAAACACCAGAUCACAAAACAAUGCUCCUCAUUGAAAAAUUCCUCUGAAGAAAAUAAAAACCUCAAAUCACAGAAUACAAAACAGCAGCAAACCUAUCAGAAAUUGGAAGAAAAAUGCAGAGAGUUAGAUGUGUCUAAAUCAUUUUUAGAAGGAGAAGUUGCUCAAUUAAGAGCCUCUGAGAAACAGCUCCAGAGUCAGAUAGAUGCCAUGGUAUCUGUGGAUGAAAAAGAGAAAUCACUUCCAAAAAAGAACAAGCUGUUGGAUGAAAACUUGCAAAAUGCUAUAAGACAUAGUCAGCUUUUUGAUGAAAAACUGAAAGCUCUGGAAGCUGAUUACCAAGAAUUGAAACAAAAUGAAAAUAGGAUUGCAGAAUUCUUAAGUGUAGUCCAAGCAGAGCUCCAGAAUGCCAAAGAACAUAAUCUGCAAAUGGAAAAGUAUCUGUCUUCUUCAAGGCAGAAUGAAGAAUCUCUGAAGUUACAGCUCACAGAAAAAAUGGAGCUAUUAGAAGGCCUGGAGAGCCAAUGCAGUCAACUUCAAGAACAGGCUGAGGGAUAUAGAAUUAAAAUUGAAACUCUUGAGAAAAAUUGCCUUCAUCAAGCAAAAAUAAUUGAAUCUCUUACUUCUGAAAAGAUUUCUGUAGAGAAAGCCCAAUUGGAAUUGGUAUCUUAUCAAAAGAAAGAAGCUAAAGAUUUGACAUUAAAACUGGCUGUUUCUGAGGAACAGCUGAAUAUCAGUUGGGUAGAGAUAUCUAGACUCCAGGAAGAAAUUAUAGAAUUUCAAGCCAAGCUUCAGCAGACAGCUGCAGAGAAACAAAAGCUUCAGGGCAAAUUGGAUGUCACAGAAUCUGUUCUAAGUGAGCAAAAAUUAUUGUCUCAGCAGCUGAAAGAGCAAAAUGAAAUAUUGAACAGAAACCAUAUACAGCAAUUACUUCAAUGUAAAGAAGAAGAGGAAAUGCAGAAAAAUGAAUGGAAAAAAGUAGCCCAACAGAAAGCUGAACUGGAAAAGAAUGUGAUGUGCCUGACAAAUGAAUUGUCCACAGUCAGGAAUGAUUUGGAAGUUGUUAAUAUGGAAAACAUGGAAAUCAAGGACCUUCUCCAAAGAACCAACAUGGACAUGGCUGAGCUGGGUAUUCAGAUUUGCUCUCUGACAUCUGAAAAGACAGAAAUGGAAGAGAAGAUCGCCCAAGUCACAGUGCUCAGAACUACCAAAGAAAUAUCAAUCAAAGAACAAGAGAAGGUGCAACUUGAGCUGACAAGAUUCAGUAAAGAGAAAGAGAAAUUGGAAGAUUCAAAUGUUUGUGCUGCCAUUAUACCUGACCUGCAAACUCAGCUGGAAUUGACAGAGAAACAAACAAAAAGUUUGCAGGAAACCAGUAAAGAAGAGGUAGCUACUAUCAAAUUUCAGCUGAGCACAGAAAUUCUAAACUAUCAGACAAAAUUUAAGGCUCUCAGUGAAGAAUGUGAAAAAUUAAAGGAAGAACUUGCAGAACAGAACCUACAAGCAAAUGCUGCAGAAGAGGCACUCAAGGAAACGCAGACUCUGAAAAGAGACCUGCAUGCAAAACUGAACCUUUCCAUGGAUCAAGUGACUGAGUACAAAGCAACCCAGCAAAAAAAAGAUGAAGAAAUUGCAGAGCUUAAAGAAGAUCUUAAAAGAGCCCAGACCGAAGUUAGCAGAACAAAUGAACAAAUUCAAGACUACUGUGGUAAAUUCAACAAGAUGAAAUCGGAGCAAGACAACAAUGAGGCCAAGUUACUAGCUGAACUGGAUGACUUAACUAGAACAAAGCAGUUCCUGGAAGAAAAGUUAAUUGAACUUCUCAGGGACAAGGAUGCUCUUUGGCAGAAAUCAGAUGCUCUGGAAUUCCAGCAGAAGCUCACAGCAGAACAAAGAUGGCUUGGUGAUGCCGAAGUCACCAGUUGCUUAGAAUGUCAAAAAGAAUUUGGCUGGAUGAAUCGCCGACAUCAUUGCAGAAUGUGUGGAUGCAUUUUCUGCUAUUACUGCUGCAACAGUUACGCCUUUUCAAAGCAAACAGGAAAGAAAGAACGCUGUUGUCGAGCUUGUUUUAAAAAAGUAACUGCCAAUCCCAUUGAUUCUGAGUUAAACUUGACAUCAGAAGAAUCAUCUUCAUCAUCAAGUCUCCUGACCUCACCAUUGUCCCUGGUCCACAAAAUUUUGGUUACAAACGAGGCCUCUAAGUCUACAGAUGACGCAAUGUUUGAUAUAAUAACAGAGGAAGAAGUGGGUCAAAUACAGGAAGGUGAUUCUGUUCACAGCAAAAAUCAAACUGAAGAACCUCUGGACCAUGGUGUGCCAGAUCUAAACAGCACCUAUAGCUCCUCAACUGUUGAUGAAUCUGAUGAUUUGGAAAUGACCCAAGAUGCAGAGAUUUGUUUGCUGAAGUCAGGAGAAUUGAUGCUAAAGCUACCUCUCACAGUGGAGGAGAUUUUAAAGUUUGAAGAAGGUACCAGAGAACUGUUUAUUAAGUCAAGUACUUACAGCAUUAUUCCAAUCACUAUAAAUGAGACUGGCCUUACAAUAAAUUGGGUGUUUUCAUCAGACCCAAAGAGUGUAUCAUUCAGCGUAGUGUACAAGCAAUCAGAAGAAACCUCUCUGGAUCAAUGCAAAGUUCUUAUUCCAAUGACUCGCUGCAAUUCUCAUAAGGAAACUAUCAGAGGGAAUGUAAAAAUCCGAAAUGCUGGAAUUUACACACUUAUUUUUGACAACACUUUUUCUAGGUUUAUCUCAAAAAAAGUAUUUUUCCAUCUUUCUGUUCAACGACCAGUGAUUUAUGAUGGAAGUGAUUUUCCGUAGUUCUUCCUGUAUGAAAUAUCUUGCAAGAAACACUAUUAUUUUUGUAUGAGCGUGUUUGUGUGCAUGUGCAUAUGUGUAUCUGUGUCUGUGUGUCUAUGGAUAGACACACGUACAUACAUAUGAAGCACUAAAAUCACAGAAGGAUAUAAAUUCUCCAAGAUUUAUGCAAUAAUUCAGAAACCAUACUUAAAUAAACCCUGUUUCCCCCAAAAUAAGACAUCCUCUGAUAAUAAGCCUAAUUGGGCUUUUGAGCCCAUGGCAAUAAGGCCAAGCGCUUAUUUCAGGGUUCAAAAAAAUAUAAGACAGGGUCUUAUUUUCGGGAAAACAUGGUAUAUGCAUGCAGAAAAAAGCAUAGCUUUUAUGAGAGCAAUAAUGAUUCUAAACUCUGUGUGCCAGUUAUUCAAAAGCCAUUUUGUUAGUCAAUAUAGUCAAUAUAGUUAUAUUCUGCUGCAUUUAAUACCAAAAAUGAUUCUAAAUACAUUUUAUUAAAGAGCUAAGAAUAGGACAUUUAUUUUUAAAUAUAGAAGAUUUAACAUAUGUAUAACACUAAUUAUUGUUGGUUAUAUUGAGUCAGCAACAGACAAACAGAUAGAAAAUCACUUUUGCAUAAACAUUAAUACUGAUAAAUUAACUUUCCAGCCAAGUAAGCUACAGUUUAGGACCGUGAUGGCAAACCUAUGGCACGUGUGCCAGAGGUGGCAUGCAGAGCCUUUACUGUGGGCACGUGUGCCAUCGUCAGCUGCUCUUCUGGUUUCUGAUGCGCCAGCCAGCUGGUUUUGUGGGCACCGGAGCACCAGAAAACGGCCUGAAAACUGCCCAAAAAUUAGCCAAAAAACAGGUAUGCGCGCGCUGGCCAGCUGGUCUUCAGGUUUCUGGUGCUCCAACGCAAGCAAAGACCAGCUGGCUGGCGCACAUGCAAGAAACCAGAAGACUAGCUGGCCAGUGUGCGCAUGUGCACCAGCCAGCUGGUCUUUCGGUUUCUGGCGCUCCGGCGUACGCACAUGCACACGCGUUCCAGUUUGGGCACUUGGUGCCAAAAAGGUUCGCCAUCACUGGUUUAGGAUCUCAAAAUCUGAAGGGGCACCUUAAAUUUUCAGAUUUUAAACAAUUAUAGUUUUAUUAUUUCAUAUAGUAUAUUAAAGUUUUUAUCAGUUUGGUCCUCCUAUCCGCUUCAAAUGAUCCUCAUUAAUGAAAAUAUGCUUUGUUUUCGCUUUUAUUCAUACAAGCUUGUAUUCAUACAAGCUUGUAUUUUGCUUGUAUUCAUUUAAAGGACUGUUCUCCACCCCAUCAUAUGCAUCUUGACAAUACUCUUACUAAAUUCAAUUCUCAUGCAGCCUUAUUCUUUGUUAGUAAUUGCCAAAAAGCAAGGUUUCCAAUACUUACAGUAUCUAAAUCUGGCCCUGUUCAUGGUAUUCCCCAAAUAUUUUGGGGCUAUAGUUCCUGCUAGUUAUAUAAUAAUUAAGGAUUCUGGGAGUUUUUGCCCGACAAGUAUGGCAGGUAUAAGUUUGGAAAAGCAGUUCAACAUGCAAAAAGGCUAUGUUUGGUAUCAAAAAGAUAUCUCUCCAUUUUGCAAAUGCGUGCUCACUUAAUACAGUUGACAUGUUGCCUAUGAUGCAGGAUUGCCUGCAGUACUUACAUUAAUUCGCAAUCUAGAAGUAGGCUUACAUUGAUCAGUUUUGCCUGCAGAAAAACACAAUUUACAACCAAGUACAAACCUAUUAAAAGGUUGAUGUAUUAUUUUUUUACCCAUUUUCACAAAGGAGGGAACAAAUCUGGUUCAAAUAGGCUAGUUACACUGAGUUUAGUCCAGAAAAAAAAAAUCCUAAAAAAAUAUUUUUACAGUUUAUAUUCUUUCUUUCUAUCCAUUACUAUAUUUGGCAGAUAUAUAUAUGUAUGUAUGUAACUUACUUAACCUGAUAAUCAUAUGAGUGACAUGUUUGCGAAGGAUAAUUAAUAUAAAUGAAAUUGUUACUGCUCAAGACAUAGACUUUACAAGCUUUGAAUAUUUUCUCUUGAAGAUGCUGAACGCAAGCUUAAAGGAAAAUUUGAAACUAGGAGCAGAAGAUGCACUUAGUUAAGCAAUACUUUACUCCAGCCUUUUCCAAUUAAUGUUGAGUAUUAUGAAUUCCUGAUUCCCAGACAUAACAAUUAGAUUUCCCAAUAUCUGCUAAGCAUAGACUUAAAAAUAAUAAUAAUAUGGUAAGUAUUUAUGAAGGAGAAUAAAGGUAAAUUUCUGAUUCGUCAAUUGGCAGAAAAGAUGCUAAACUAUGUGAGGCGUGGAUUAUACUAUAACAUAGAGCUAUAUUGUUAUGCCAUCCACUAGAAGUUUUAUCUGGCAGAAACACCAUCAUGCUAGAAUUUAUUAUUUUCUUUUGCACUCUGUACAAAUUAGCUUGAACUUUAAAUUCAGCCAGUUUAAGACUAGGAUAUGAGCAAUAUGGUUACUAACUGCUUGAUAUUAUUACAGAAUACUGUGAAGGUCUAGUUAAUGGAUUUAUCAAUGCAGUGCAAAUACUUUGCUAAUGAUUUAAAAUUCUCUCAGUGCUUGUAUAAUCCCAAACAGACCUGUGAGUUGCCUGAUAUGGUUUUAAAAAUGCUGGUAACUUAUAGGCAAAAUGAAAGAUAUUGUGGAUUUACCAUUUUUUGUUGAAUGUUAUUAUUAUGUUUUAAGAUAUUUAAGAUAAUAUUUUGUUUUGAGUUGAGUAGCAAUAAGGAUUUAAUGCUAAAAUCUGGGAUGUUGUUUGCCAUGGAUUGUGCAAUAAUUGAACUAAAAUCCCAUAAUAUAUUAAUAAUGGCUAUUCUCAAUUUAUUUUACUGUAGAAAUUUAAUAGAAUAUUUCCUUUUUCCAAAAAUAGGUUUCUUUCAUAUAUAAAAGUAAUAUGAAAAGGAUGCUCAAAUAUACAGAUAAUGUAUUAUUUUAAAUAUAUAUUAUUGAUGAAGUUAUGUUUCAGUGAUUUAUCUCUAGUGUAUUUAUUAUAAUUCUUCAAGUCCUUACAAAACAACACCUCUUACACCCAUCACCAACAAACGUCCAAAAAACGUAAAGGAAUCCAUGUGGAAAUAACCUUGCUAGUCAUUGCCAAUUAUAGGUGCUCAUCUCCAUUUCAAGGCUAUUGAGUCAGUUCUGUCUGAAGACAUUUCCAUGGUCAUAUGGCCAGCAUGAUGUCAUGGAGCACUGUUACCUUCCGACUGAAGUGGUAUCUAUUUACUUGCACUUGUAUGCUUUCGAAUUGCUAGGAUGGGAGUUCAAAAGCAUACAGUGGGAUGAGGAUGGGAGCUAACUAACCCUGUUGCAUGGAGCUUAGGUCUCAAACCUGGGCUGCCAGCUUUCCAGCUGACAAGCCCGGAGUCUUAAACACUGAGCCAUAGUGCUUCCCCUAGAGAAAAACAACAAAUAUCUAGUAGAGAAGGAAAUUUAUUUAUUACAGAAAAAUGUUCUCAGAAUUCAAUCUGAAUAAUGAGGGGGGAGGAGCAGAGAGAAGUUAAUUAAUAUGACAUAAGAAUAUUCUCAAUCUUAUAUUAAAAAACAUUAAUGUGCAAUUUUGCUGAUAUAUCUGCUCCACUGAAUUUUAUUUUAAUUUUUCCCUUGUUGCAUUCUCAAAUCCAUAUUUAUUGUUAUGUGACACCAUGUUUUCCCAAAAUAGCUUGCAAAUUUUUUUGAGUUGUAAUUAUUUUCCAAAAUAAAAUACAUUAAAAUAUACAGCUAAAAAUGAAA